AUGAGCCACGCCGUCAAGCCAAAGCUUCACUCUUCGAGGCAUCUCAAUGCCCUAACUACUCCAUUGCCUUUUUCAACAUCGUCGCCCAGCUUGUUUACGAUGAAAAGAUCCGACAUGCGGCCUCCUUCAACUUCAAAAACCAACUCAAGGAUUGAUGGGGCCCCGAUUCCUCCUCGGACGACGAGCCCACCAUCUCUGUAG